AACAACAUCUCUGCAUAAAAGCGAUCCACUAUACUACUUUCAGAUAUGUUCAAUUCAGCUCAGAGAAUUUGGUCAAGUUACACAAAGUAGUUCAUCAUAAGGUUUAAUUAAACCCAACAAAGCCAAACACCAAAACCAGUCUCUGUAGCAUACGAUUCUCCUGUUUAGAAGUCUUUUUUCUUUUUCUUCCACGAAGAAGAGUUAGUAAAGCAUGGAUCCACUGACGGUACAUGGGCAUUCACUUACCUCUCCAUUCCAUCUGAGAGAUUUCAAUCUUCACCACCAACAGCAAGAACAACAACACCAGUUCCACCAGCAGCAGAAUUCGGAAGAUGAACAAAGUGGAAGCAGCAGCGGCCUCAGGAAACGUGAUGGGGAUGAGAACAACAGCAGCAACGAUGCCCAGGACCUCAUAACCGGUGGAGAAGGAGAGAUCACGAGAAGGCCACGCGGCAGGCCGGCCGGAUCCAAGAACAAGCCCAAACCGCCAAUCAUCAUCACCAGGGACAGCGCUAACGCGUUACGCACCCACGUUAUGGAAGUAGGAGACGGAUGCGACAUCGUCGAAAGUGUAGCCACAUUUGCUCGAACACGUCAGAGAGGGGUUUGCAUAAUGAGUGGGACCGGCACGGUCACCAACGUAACCCUCCGGCAACCGGCAUCCCCCGGUGCAAUCGUCUCCUUACAUGGCCGAUUUGAGAUAUUAUCACUUUCGGGAUCUUUCUUGCCCCCGCCAGCACCGCCUGCGGCGACAGGGCUAACCAUAUAUUUAGCUGGUGGACAGGGGCAGGUUGUGGGUGGGAGUGUUGUUGGGACGCUGACUUGUUCAGGUCCGGUGGUAAUUAUGGCUGCUUCCUUUAGCAACGCCGCAUACGAGCGGCUUCCUUUGGAGGAGGAAGAGACGCAGCCGCCAAUGCAAGGCGAUGCACUGGGGUCACCUGGUGCAGUUGGAGGACAACAGCAGCAGCAACUACAAGCAAUGGCGGAGUCAAAUGCGCCUCUUUUUCAUGGAAUGCCACCCAAUCUUCUCAACUCUAUUCAAUUACCAACGGAGGCAUUCUGGGCUAAUGGCGGUCGCCCACCAUAUUAGCUCACAGACGGGUAUUAUUAUGGGUUAAUUUAGCUUCAUCUUCAGGUUUACACAAAACUUGAUAGCUAGAAAAUGAAAUUAAUUUGGGUUUGUUGAGCAGUACAUUUCAUGGUUAGUACUUUGUUUAUGUUGGUUCUAUUUCGACUUUGAUGAGUAGAGGUAGAUUGUUAAUUAGGAGCGUGUUGAUUGAGAAUGACUGUAAAUUAUCAUCAUGGAUAUUUUUGGUGUGUUUGAUGAUUUCAUGAGAAUAAGUUUCUUCAUUCUAU